AUGUCUACCAAGACGCGCCCCGCCAUCCCACCUGUGGUCAUGGACAGCAUAACGCAGCAGAUUGGCAACACGCCCCUCGUACGCCUGAACAAGAUUCCGCAAUCCCUGGGCAUCCGUGCCACCGUAUACGUCAAGGUCGAAGCCUUCAACGCCGGCGGCAGUGUCAAGGACCGCAUCGCGCUUCGCAUGAUCGAAGCCGCCGAGAAGUCUGGUCGCAUAAAGCCCGGUGACACACUCAUCGAGCCUACGUCUGGUAACACGGGUAUUGGGCUGGCUUUGGUGGGUGCGGUGAAGGGAUACAGAACCAUCAUCACCCUUCCCGAGAAGAUGAGUCCGGAGAAGGUGGCGGUUCUCAAGGCGCUCGGAGCCGAGAUCAUUCGUACCCCAACGAGUGCGGCAUGGGAUAGCCCCGAGAGCCACAUCGGCGUUGCGAGGAGGUUAGUCAAGGAGAUUCCGAACGCGCACAUUCUCGACCAGUACUCGAACCCCGACAACCCGCUCGCGCACGAGUGCGGCACGGCCGAGGAGGUGUGGACACAGACCGACGGCAAGAUCACCUGUCUUGUUGCUGGUGCAGGAACUGGAGGCACUAUCACAGGUCUAGCGCGCGGUCUGAGGAAGCAUAAGCAGCAUGUCAAGAUUGUAGCUGCCGAUCCACACGGCAGUAUACUCGCACUUCCUGCGACCCUGAACGACGAACGCGUGAACGAGGGCUACAAGGUUGAGGGGAUCGGAUACGACUUCAUCCCUGACGUCCUGGAGCAGAAGAUUGUGGACAAGUGGUACAAGACAGACGACCGGACAUCGUUCUUGUACGCGCGCCGGUUGAUCUCCGAAGAGGGCAUUCUUUGCGGUGGUUCGUCUGGUAGUGCGAUGGGUGCCAUGGUCGAAGCCGCGAAAGACAUGGAUCUCACCGAAGAUGAUGUUGUCGUCGUCAUCCUCCCCGACAGCAUUAGAAGCUACCUCAGCAAGUUCGUCGACGACGACUGGCUUGCCGCAAACGACCUUCUCCCCCCUACGCCCCCUCUAACACCUAACACAAACGGCGCAAACACUCGCCGUCUCUCUACCACCAAGCAGGCCGACGCUUUCCACGGCGCCACCAUCGCUUCCCUACGACUCAAACCCGUUACCACCGUUCCCUCGAACUCGCCCUGCAGCGAAGCCAUCGAAACAAUGCGUGAGAAGGGUUUCGACCAACUUCCCGUUAGCACAUACUCUUCCGGCGGCAAGGCGCGUCUUGUCGGUCUAGUGACCCUCGGCAACUUGCUAUCCUACAUCGCUGCCGGUCGUGCAACACCAAAGUCACCCGUCGAAGAGGUCAUGUUCGAUUUCCGCAAACUGAACGAGGUCGUCAAGGACCUCGGCCGUCUUUCGCUUGACGGCGACAACGCGAAGAACACACAGAAGGGCGGUAAGAAGGGACGAAGGGAGUUUGUUGAGAUCACCAAGGAGACCAGCUUGAGCGAUCUGAACAAGUUCUUCGAGUGGAACAGCGCAGCUGUUGUCACCGAGCGUGUCGAUGGCGAGCCAAAGGCCGUUGCUGUUGUCACAAAGGUGGACUUGCUAUCCUGGAUGGUAAGACAGGGAAACACUAAUGGACACUCCAACUAG